AUGUCGUCGGUGUACGUGCUUGAGCCCCCGACGAAGGGGAAGGUGGUGGUGCAGACGACGGCUGGCCCGCUCGACAUCGAGCUGUGGCCUAAGGAGGCCCCCAAGGCGGCGCGCAACUUCGUGCAACUCUGCCUCGAGGGCUACUACGACGGCACCCUCUUCCACCGCGUCAUCAAGGACUUCCUCGUUCAGGGCGGCGACCCCACCGGCUCCGGCACUGGGGGUGAGAGCAUCUAUGGGGCACCAUUUGCGGAUGAGUUCCACUCGCGGCUGAGGUUUAACCACAGGGGUUUAGUGGCUUGUGCCAAUGCUGGCACACCUCAUUCUAACGGAAGCCAGUUCUUUAUCACCCUUGACCGUUGUGAUUGGCUUGAUAAGAAGAACACCAUCUUUGGGAAGGUUACUGGUGAUUCUAUUUUCAACCUUCUUUCCUUGGCUGACGUUGAGACUGAUAAGGAUGAUCGACCUGUGUACCCGCAGAAAAUUCUUUCAGUCGAGGUUCUCUGGGACCCAUUUGAGGAUAUUGUUCCAAGGCAACUUAAGAAGGUCGAGUCUGUUGCCAAGGCUGAUGCUGAGGUGAAACCUAAGAAGAAAGCAGUUAAGCAACUUAACGUCCUCUCUUUUGGUGAUGAAGUAGAAGAGGAGGAGAAUGAGGCAGCUACCUCUGUUCAGGCCAAAAUAAAAAGUAUUCAUGAUGUGUUGGAUGAUCCCCGCUUUCUUAAAGGGGAACCAGAGGAUGUACAGUUGUCCAAGGAGCAAGAGGAGAAGAAAAAGGAUACUGUUCAAACUGUCAGGGAUGCUUUGAUCUCAAAGAAAGUUGAAUCAAGAGAGCAAGAGCAUGCUCUAGUGUCUGAUGAUUAUCCUGAAGAUGAGAAUGAAGAGGAUUUUGACAACAGGAUGCGCUCACAAAUCCUUAAAAAACGUAGAGAGCUUGGUGAUGUCCCUCGUGAAACCUCUAAAGCAGAUAAACCACAUCAUAAGGAUAAGGAACUAUCAGACCACAGGUCCAAUAUCCAACAUAGGAGGGACAAUGAUGAGGACGAUGAUCAGGAGCAUGAGCUACAAAAGGCUAAAAAACUAUCCUUGAAGAAAAAAGGUGCUGGCUCAGAAGCGAGUGCCGAGAGGAUGUCCAAAGCAGAUGCUAAUUUGCAGCUACUAAAUCCAGCUGAGCAAGAGAGACAUUUGCAAAAACAGAAAAAACGUCGACUCCAAGGCCGCGAAGAUGAGACUCUAGCGAAGUUACAGAAGUUCAAGUCUUCUUUCCUCAGUAAGAAUCUUGCUACCAAUCAUGUCAAAGAAAAGAAUCCUUCUACUGAUAAGGUGGAAAAGGAAGAUGAAGAGGAGGAUGACUACAAAGGGUGGCACACAAACCGAUUGUCUUUCUUACCCAGUUCUUCCAAGGAUGGAAUGGCAAGGAAAGAUGAUCCAGAUGACUAUGUAGUGGUAGACCCACUUCUGGAGAAAGGAAAAGAAAAAUUCAACAAGAUGCAAGCAAAGCUUAAACGGAGAGAGCGCGAAUGGGCAGGCAGAUCUCUCACCUGA